UGUACCUCAGAUCCCAGUCUAGCAGACAGACACUCUCUUCUCUCACCAGCAACUCGGACACAAUGAUGCAAUUAAGGACUUUAAUUUUUACAUCCGUAAUGCUCCCAUGGAUGCUGUCUUCUGCAGCAAGGGAUGGAUACAUGGAAGUCAGAAAACCUAAGAAAGACGUUGUAGCCUUUCCAGACUAUACCCUUCAAGAGGUGGACGCUGACCCACCAGCUCCAAGAGCUGAUGAGAUGCCGACAUGUCUGCUGUGUGUUUGCCUGAGUGGAUCUGUUUACUGUGAGGAGGUGUCCCCUGAAUUGUCAACCGUCCCAUCACUGCCAAAGGAAACAGCAUAUCUCUAUGCACGUUUCAACAAAAUCACAAAAAUAAAAAACAAAGAUUUUGCAGACAUGGCCACGUUAAAAAGAAUUGACCUCAGUGGGAAUCUCAUCGCUGAGAUAGAAGACGGAGCGUUUUCAAAACUUCUCAAUCUUGAGGAGCUCAAUCUUGCAGAAAACAGACUAACUAAACUUCCCAUGCUGCCCACCAAGCUGGUAUCAUUCAACGCCAAUUUCAACCAGCUGAAAACCCAGGGUGUGAAGGCAACUGCCUUUAAAAAACUCACAAAACUGGCAUAUCUUUACCUUGGAAACAACGAACUGACAGCGGUGCCCCAACUUCCUGAGUCUCUUCACGUUGUGCACCUCCAUAACAACAAGAUCUCAACGAUAACGGACGAGACGUUCUGCAAAGGUAACACCAGUUACUACAUCCGUACCAACAUGAACGAGGUGAGACUGGACGGGAACCCCAUCCAGCUGUCCAUGCACCCUAACAGCUUCAUCUGUCUGGAGACUCUCCCUAUCGGAUGGUACAAUUAAAAAAUGCGGAUAGACAGACAGUGAA